AUGUCUUCCUCAUCGAACCAGCCUACAUCUCCCAAACAGAGUGUUGGUCCAGAUUACCGCGAUGAAAAGCAAAAGCCAACCGCAACUGUCUCGACAGCAGUUCCGUUUGAAAAUGUGCACACAUUACCUCAAACUCCACAACUAAUUGCACUUCUUACCAUGAUUAGAGAUAAGAACACUGAUCGUGCAGAUUUCAUAUUCUACUCCAAUCGAAUCAUCAGACUCCUAGUCGAAGAAGGGCUGAAUCAUCUCCCGGUUGUCGAGCAUGCUAUCACUACUCCUGUUGGGCGUUCCUAUGCUGGUGUUCAAUUCCAGGGUAAAAUCUGUGGUGUCUCCAUCAUGAGAGCCGGUGAAGCCAUGGAGCAAGGACUACGGGAAUGUUGUCGCUCUGUAAGAAUUGGCAAAAUUCUUAUUCAAAGAGACGAGGAAACUUCCAUGCCCAAGCUGUUCUACGACAAGCUUCCUGAGGAUAUUGCCGAUAGGUGGUGUCUGUUGCUAGAUCCAAUGUUUGCAACGGGUGGCUCAGCGAUAAUGGCUGUAGACGUUUUGAAAUCUCGUGGGGUCCCAGAGAAUCGAAUCCUCUUUCUUAACCUACUCGCCAGUCCGGAAGGCAUUGAAAACUUCGCAAAGAGGUUCCCACAGCUCCGCAUUAUUACCGCAUUUGUUGACCAGGGGUUGGAUGAAAAGAAUUAUAUCAUCCCUGGGCUUGGGGAUUUUGGAGACAGAUUCUAUACCAUGUAG